AAGAGCCUCAGCUCUUCAGAGCAGCGGCAGCCGCUGGAGGAGUUGGGCGGCUGUUGCUCCCUCUCCGCCCGGAGGAGGAGGAGGAGGAGGAAGAAGAGGAGGAAGAAGAGGCUUCGGCUGCCGCCUCUCCCACCCUCCCCUCCCCUCCCUUCCCCCUCCGCCCCACACCUUUAUGGACGAGCGCCGCAGCCUGCUCCACUCUCCGGCCGCCUCCUCCGCCGGCCGGCAGCCGCGGGGCGGCUCGGGCAGCAGCCACCACAACCUGGGCUACAGCGAGCCGCUGCCCCCCGCCGCCCCCCGGCCGCAGGAGCAGCACGAGGGAGAGGGCGAGGAAGGGGAGGAAGGCAGCAUGACCGUGGUGGGAGGCGGCGGCGGCGGCGGAGACCCUUCCCCGGAGGAAGGGCAGCAUCCCCCGGCGCUGCUGGGCGGGGAGCGCUACGAUCAGCCCCCGGCGCCGGCCGUGCCCGCCGGGCAGCCCGCGGGCGCCGCGGAGCACGAGUGCUGCGAGCGCGUGGUCAUCAACAUCUCGGGGCUGCGCUUCGAGACACAGCUCAAAACCCUGGCGCAGUUCCCCGAGACGCUGCUGGGGGACCCCCGCAAGAGGAUGCGCUACUUCGACCCCCUCCGCAAUGAGUAUUUCUUCGACCGAAACCGGCCCAGCUUCGACGCCAUCCUCUACUACUACCAGUCGGGCGGGCGCAUCCGGCGUCCCGUCAAUGUCCCCAUCGACAUCUUCUCCGAGGAGAUCCGCUUCUACCAGCUGGGCGAGGAGGCCAUGGAGAAGUUUCGGGAGGACGAGGGUUUCAUUCGGGAGGAGCAGCGGCCGCUUCCCGAGAAGGAGUUUCAGCGCCAGGUGUGGCUCCUCUUCGAGUACCCCGAGAGCUCCGGGCCGGCCCGAGGCAUCGCCAUCGUCUCUGUCCUGGUCAUCCUCAUCUCUAUCGUCAUCUUCUGUCUGGAGACCCUGCCUGAGUUCAGGGACGACCAUGACUAUGAGGGAACUGGGGGGACCUUCGCGACAGGCGGUGGCCCUCUCCCACCUGAUGCCUUCACCAACUCCUCAUCCUCGGCCGCUUCCAUGGUGUCAUCCUUCACCGACCCUUUCUUUGUGGUGGAGACUUUAUGCAUCAUCUGGUUCUCCUUUGAGCUGCUGGUCCGUUUCUUUGCCUGCCCCAGCAAGGCCACCUUCUCCAAGAACAUCAUGAACAUCAUUGACAUUGUGGCCAUCAUCCCCUACUUCAUCACGCUGGGCACGGAGCUGGCCGAGCGGCAGGGCAACGGGCAGCAGGCCAUGUCCCUGGCCAUCCUCAGAGUCAUCCGCCUCGUCAGGGUCUUCCGCAUCUUCAAGCUCUCCCGGCACUCCAAGGGGCUGCAGAUCCUGGGCCAGACCCUCAAGGCCAGCAUGAGGGAGCUGGGCUUGCUCAUCUUCUUCCUCUUCAUCGGCGUCAUCCUCUUCUCCAGCGCCGUCUACUUCGCGGAAGCCGACGACCCCAGCUCGGGGUUCAGCAGCAUCCCCGAUGCCUUCUGGUGGGCCGUGGUCACCAUGACCACCGUGGGCUACGGGGACAUGCACCCCAUCACCAUUGGGGGCAAGAUCGUGGGGUCUCUGUGCGCCAUCGCGGGCGUGCUGACCAUCGCCCUGCCCGUGCCCGUCAUCGUCUCCAACUUCAACUAUUUCUACCACCGCGAGACGGAGGGUGAGGAACAAGCCCAGUACAUGCACGUCGGGAGCUGCCAGCACCUCUCGUCCAGCGAGGAGAUGAAGAAGGCUCGCAGCAAUUCCACCCUCAGCAAGUCCGAGUACAUGGUGAUCGAGGAAGGGGGGAUCAAUCACAGUGCAUUCAAACAGGCUGCCUUUAAAGCAGGCAACUGCACAACCACAAACAAUCCCAACUGUGUGAACAUCAAAAAGAUCUUUACGGAUGUUUAAACCAAACCCAAACCAAACGAACGGCAGCAAAUCCUGAGGAUGCGGUAAAACGAUACCAAUAACAAUACCAAUUAUAAUGCAAAGUGACUGUGUGUCGGUGUUGUGUGGAACAUGCACCAUCGUCGGUCUGUGUGUGCUACGUUUUUAUACCUUUAUUUUUUUAGAUCCUUCCUUUCUAAAGAUCCAAAAGUAAAAGGAUUUAAAAUUCUCUGAAGAAGAGGACGGCUAAAGGGUAAUGAGAAGGAAGAUGAAGAUAAACCACACUCACUGUCAAAACAGGUGUUUGUUCUGCAACGUGUUGCAGGGCUGCUUUGCUUUUCAGGCUUUUGGGGAACCUCUUGCUUUGCUCCCGAAUUUCCCCCUCUUUCCCUAAGGGCAGUGUGUGGCCAAUCUCCCUUCCAUCACAUAAAAUAACUCGUUGGAUUAACAAACCCGGGCUGGGUGGAGGAACGGGAAAAACAUGAGGCAGAGCGUACCGGGAGGGGGCUGGGAGGAAAUAACCAUUUAAUUCUGCAGAGAGUCUCUGUUACCACAUCGUUAAAUGAUGCUUAAUAUUGAAACAUGUGAUGUGCCAUUACGGGCACAUCCCAGAUUCCCUUUUUCUCCCCAUUAGCUCAUUUAUGAAAUUCUAAUCUGGUCAGAGACCGAGUGCAAUCAAUGCUGAUUUAAAUAGAAAAAAAAAUAAUUU